UAUCAGCUCAGUUCCACGGGAAAUGCAAUGGAUGAGUCAUUGUAAAAUAAAUAAAAAUAGACCUGUGAUAAGUUGAAAACAGGUAUAAAAUAGGUUUCAUUAUUUUUGGGUCGCUCCUGUUUAGGUGCUGUAACUCACUUCGCUGGCUGGCAAGCAACCGCUUUAUGAAGUGCAGUCAGGUUUCUGAGAGGCGAGAGCGCAGCGUCGACUCGUUGCACUCAUUAUGUCUGUGGAGCAGCACGGAGCGGCUGCAUGUGUGUGAUCCGACAGUGCUACAGCAGGAUUUCUCGACAGCUCUUAUUUUGAAGUCGAUUCGAUUAACUUUCCAAGAGACUAUAAAUAGGAAAUGCAAUGCGAUGCAAAAAAAGAGAGGUGUAAUUACAACUGAAUUUAGAUUCACUUGCGUCUCAGUGCAGCCGGCAGUAACAUAUAGGAGAAUCCUUCGAGCAUCAUUGCUGUCGAUGCAGCUGGACAUAUGAGCACUAUUGGGCGGUAGGCUAUUUUGCUCCGGUCUGUAGGCGUACACACACGGUGGGUGGCAGGCACAAGUUGGAGAGCACCGAUAGGAGUUUGCCACACUUGCCCCUGUGAACAACACUUCAGAACCAAGGACAGAUCCAAACCGCUGCCUGGCAAACGCGCACAAAGUGAGCAACAUCUGGACUCCGCUUGUCACAUGAAGCUCCUCGCGGUGUCUGUUUAUUGGCGCACGGGCUUGUGGAAAAGAGACCUGCAGGUACAUCCGUCAAGAUACAUCUACUGCAACAACCAGGAAAUAUCAAACAUGAUGCACCCACUGAGAGAAGACUUGAAAAUGAUCUGCCUCCAGGCCCUGUGAACCUCUGCCCCUUUCUACUUCAACCAGCUGAACCCUGCUACCUGAUCCUGCCAUGCUGAGUGUAGUGCUCUGCCCCAGGUCGUUGGCCAAUUCUGCCCAUAAUUGGAUUCUCCAUAUGCUCCUGCUGGAGAUGCUGGUACUAGGAGUCCUGCCCAGCAUCUCCAGAUUACCGCCGCCGACCAAACGUGAGAUCGUGUUGGACGGGGACCUGGUGAUUGGAGGCCUGUUCCCCGUGCACCACAAAGGUGAUGGGAUGGAGGACUGUGGCAAGAUCAAUGAGGAGAGAGGGAUCCAGAGACUGGAAGCCAUGCUGUUGGCACUUGAUGAGAUUAACUCCAGCGAUCGCAUCCUUCCCGGACUCCAGCUGGGGGCCCACAUCCUGGACACCUGCUCGAAGGACACAUACGCUCUGGAGCAGUCUUUAGAUUUCGUCAGGGCCUCCCUCACCAAGGUGCAUGAUCCAGGCUUCAUCUGCCCAGACGGCUCCAGACCUAUCCAAAACGAGGUUCCACUGGCCAUCUCGGGGGUCAUUGGAGGAUCCUAUAGUGAUGUUUCCAUUCAGGUGGCCAACCUUCUGCGAUUGUUCCAGAUCCCUCAGAUCAGCUAUGCCUCUACCAGUUCAAAGCUCAGCGAUAAGACCCGCUAUGACUACUUCGCCCGCACUGUGCCCCCUGACUUCUACCAGGCUAAGGCUAUGGCUGAGAUCCUGCGUUUCUUCAACUGGACCUACGUGUCUACAGUAGCAUCAGAGGGCGACUAUGGUGAGACUGGCAUUGAUGCCUUCCAGCAGGAGGCCCGCACUCGCCAAAUCUGCAUCGCCACUUCAGCCAAGGUGAGCCGCUCCAUGAACCGCCAGAGCUAUGAUAAUGUGAUCCGCUCUCUGCAGCAGAAGUCCAAUGCCAAGGUGGUCGUCUUGUUUACCCGCAGUGAAGAUGCCCGUGAGCUGCUGGUGGCUGCUGCUCGCAUGAAUGCAACAUUCAUCUGGGUGGCCAGUGAUGGAUGGGGAGCUCAAGAGAGUGUGGUGAGAGGCAGCGAAACUGCAGCAGACAAUGCUUUCACCAUUGAGCUGGCCUCCUACCCAAUUAGAGAAUUUGAAGACUAUUUCACCAAGCUGAACCCAUACACCAACACAAGGAACCCGUGGUUCAAAGAGUUCUGGGAGCACCGGUUUGGCUGUAGUCUCCAGGAACCUGGCUGUAGUGAACACAGCCUACGAGAUGGAACGUUUGAGCAGGAGUCCAAGAUCAUGUUUGUGGUAAACGCAGUCUAUGCCAUGGCCUAUGCUCUGCACAACAUGAGGCAAGCUGUAUGCUCCAAUACAUCCAAAGUCUGUGAUGCCAUGAAACCAGGUAACGGCAAAAGGUUCUACAAGGAGUUUAUCUUGAAGACCAAGUUUGAAGCUCCGUUCAGACCUGCUGACACUGAAAACAUGGUUCGCUUUGACUCUUUUGGUGACAGCAUCAGCCGCUACAACAUCUUUCAUUAUCACAAAGAAGAGGAGAAGUUCGUCUACAGGAAGGUUGGCUACUGGGACCAGAACCUUACCCUGAACACCACCCUGGUGCCCUGGCAUGGCCACGUACCACCAACCUCCCAGUGUAGCGACCCCUGCAGGAAGAAUGAGGUGAAGAGCAUGCAGCCUGGAGACGUGUGCUGCUGGAUCUGUAUUCCCUGUCAGCCCUAUCAGUACCUGCAGGAUGAGUUCACCUGUGCUGACUGCACCUUCGGUCAGUGGCCCCUGGCCAAUUUGACUGGCUGCUAUGAUCUGCCUGAAGAAUACAUCCGGUGGGAGGAUGCCUGGGCUAUUGGGCCUGUUUCCAUCUCCUGCCUUGGUAUACUAUGUACUCUAUCAGUAGUUGCCCUGUUCUUUAAGCACAAUGAGACACCUGUGGUUAAAGCAAGUGGACGUGAACUCUCUUACAUCCUCUUGCUGGGAGUGCUAAUGUGCUACCUCAUGACGUUUAUCUACAUUGCCAAGCCUUCCACUGCUGUUUGCACCCUACGCCGACUAGGUCUGGGCACCUCGUUCGCAGUGUGUUACUCAGCUCUUCUAACCAAGACCAACCGCAUCGCUCGGAUCUUCAGCGGGGUGAAGGAUGGAGCCCAGCGGCCGCGCUUCAUCAGCCCCGCCUCCCAGGUAGCUAUCUGCGGUGCUCUUAUCUCCUGCCAGCUACUAGUGGCUCUUACCUGGCUGCUGGUGGAGGUGCCAGGGGUUCGGAAGGAGGUGAGCCCGGAGAGGAGAGACGUGGUCACCCUCAAAUGCAACAGCAGGGACUCCAGCAUGCUCAUGUCACUCACCUACAACUGCAUCCUCAUCAUCCUCUGCACUGUCUACGCUUUCAAGACGCGAAAGUGCCCUGAAAAUUUCAAUGAGGCCAAGUUCAUUGGGUUCACCAUGUACACCACGUGCAUCAUCUGGCUCGCUUUCCAGCCCAUCUUCUAUGUCACUGCCAGUGACUACAGGGUGCAGACCACCACCAUGUGUAUCUCCGUCAGUCUGAGUGGCUCGGUGGUCCUCGGCUGCCUCUUCGCCCCCAAGAUUCACAUCAUCCUGUUUCAGCCCCAGAAAAAUGUGGCCUCACUCAGAGUCACAGCCAACCGCUUCAGUGCAACAGUUUCUGCUUCUGCCUCCGCUCCCAGCUCCAGCUACUCUAAAGGGUCAGCCUCUAAUUACGUGCCAGCAGUUUGUAACGGCCGUGAGGUGGUGGACUCCACAACGUCGUCUUUGUGAAAAAGGUUCCUCUCUAAGCACAAGAGACCAUCCCAUCAUCACUCAUCCCUCCAUUAAACAGGGCUGUGUGUGACGGAGCCCCCAUGCCAUCCAACAUGCUGCAGAGAGAUAACUCUGUGUGGGUAGACUGGCUGACAGUGGCAAGGGUAACUCUUAACUGUGAAAGCUAAAUGAUGUUCCUACAGCGAGCAGUAUGUAUCAAUUGUAAAGCCUUUUUGUAUAGAUUUAAUAUGCUGUGAUCUCCUCAGUUUACAGAUACUGUAGAUGUGAUUAAAUGCACCGUGCCUUGUCCUUAAGAGUCUUGUUGUCAUUUGGGUGCUUGUGAAGCAAUAGUGUAAUACAAAACAAAAGGCUGUUUUUAUCUUGUCCUUACAGUGCUGUGAAUAUAUCCAAAUGUUGUAGACAUUGACAAAAAAAAACUGCUAUGAAAUAAAUUUAUCCCUUCUGUUAAAACAAAAUAUGUGACUAACCAUAGUGAACGUAAUGAAAAGUAGACAACUAGACAAUAUAAAGGACAUGUGUUAAUGUAGACUGGUAUAACAGUGCGUGCUUUCCUGUAAUUUAUGUAAAUAAAAUGUUUUUUAUUAUUAAAAGAUUAAAUAC